AUGACUGCUCGGUCACGACGAAGCUUCAUAGUCGGGGUGGGAUGUACAGCAUUCAUUAAGCCAAGGAGAACUAGAACAACUGAAGACAUGGGACUGGAAGCUGGAACGAAGGCGCUUCUGGAUGCAGGAUUGACCUACGACGAUGUAGAGACGGCGUUUGUUGGAUUCUGUUAUGGUGACUCUACGAGCGGCCAGAGAGCACUGUACAAUCUCGGUAUGACUGGAAUCCCCAUCACGAAUGUCAACAACAACUGCUCAACUGGAAGCGCUGCUUUAUACCAUGCAAAUAACAUGGUGAAAUAUGGCGCGGCGGAAUGUGCCCUUGCUCUUGGAUUUGAGCGAAUGGCACCCGGCAGUCUCGGCACUAACUUUCCCGAUAGGCCAUCUCCGCUUAAACCGUUCGAUGACGCGACGGAAGAAGUCGAGGAAAGUCUUACAAGUGGCACUAACUUUGGGCCCGGAAGUGCAAGACUGUUUUCCAAUGCUGGACAAGAGUACUUUGACAAAUACGGCGCAAAUGUAAAGCACCUUGCCCAAAUUGGUGAUGGCUUUAUCACCUCCAAGAACCAUAAGCACUCCCUCAACAAUCCCUAUGCCCAAUUUCGCAAUGGAUGGUCGGCUGAGCAGGUGCUGGCUGCUCCGCAAAUCACUAAACAGUUGACCAAGCUCAUGUGCAGUCCCACAUCGGAUGGUGCAGCUUGCUGCAUAGUCGCGUCGGAGAGCUUCGUACGAGCACACCAUUUAGAGAACCAAGCCAUUGAGAUUGUUUCUCAGGCUCUUUGGACCGAUAACCCCUCGACCUUUGAGAGCAAGAGUGCUAUGGAGAUCGUUGGGUUUAGCAUGUCCAAAAACUGCGCCGACCAAGUUUUUCUGGACGCUGGGUUUGAACCAGGCGAAGGUAGAGACCAAGUGGGUGUAGUGGAACUCCAUGACUGCUUUGCUACCAAUGAGUUAAUUACCUAUGAUGCACUAGGCCUGUGCGCUCCGGGUCAAGCGGCACGACUAAUUGAACGUGGGGAUAAUACAUACGGUGGCAAAUAUGUUAUCAAUCCUAGCGGCGGACUCGAGGCAAAGGGUCAUCCUUUAGGAGCUACAGGCUUAGGCAUGCACUUCUAUAUUACUAUGCAACUGCGCGGCUGGGCUGGUCCGAUGCAAGCUCCAGGUCUUUUUGAUGGACCGGAUGAGCGAGGUAGCUUUGGACUCGUUCAUAACGUUGGGCUAGGAGGUGCUGUUGUUUGCAGCCUUCUGCGCCGCCCGGAGUUCUAUCGCCCCGGCGGAGAGGACGGCAGACACAGGUGCGUGAUAGAUGCUCUGAUUUCGGGCGUCUUGGUAACGGGUAAUUACGCUGCGCCAGACUUGGCUACAAUCACGCUCACGAAUGCAGACCCGUCGCCUUGGCAGAUGUCAACAAAGUCAAGUCGACCAAGUUCUCACCCUACAUUCUGCAGAGAGCUAGGCUUUGAACAAGGUGGUGUAUGA